AUGAGUCCGAGUAGGUCUACCCGCGAAAGUAGCAAGAGAAAGCUAGAUAGCACGGAUGACGACCAGGAGAAACGGGUUAUCACGACGAUGCAAGCUCUCACCGGUUCCGUGUCAUCCGUGCUUGAUAAACCAUCACAGGUCGCAUCUACCGACAAGGUGGAGGUGACUGACUCGGUUUCGUCGGGGCAACAAACUCCUAAAGACAUAGAUGUGGAUAUCAUAGCCGAUGAUGAUUCUGCAUUGGACACAGCUUGCACUCACACUGUUUCGAUACAUGAUCAAUCGUCGGGUUUAGAUGAUUCCGUAGACAUCAUGCCUCAGCCUCUCGAUGAAGGUCUAGCGGGAUGUGGUAACUCAUUUCCAGAGUUCGAUCAUGAUAUCCUUGCCUUGGGGAGUCUUUCACCACAUGCAAAUAGUUUGGGCCACGAGCUACCGAAUAUUUGGUCUUUUGAGUAUCAAAUGGGCUUGCAGCCGUAUGCGAAUGCUUUCUCCUGCAGCCAACAAUUCAGUGUCACACUCGGCAAAGAUUGGAUCGAAUCCAAUUCUCCAUUCUCGGAUCACAUUCAAGUACUUCAGCAAUUACUGAAAAGCAAAUUGGACUUCAUUAGGCCGUUAUUCGAACCUUCGCCACAACUUCUCUACCAACAAGUCCUCAUGGUACUUUCCCUGUUCAACAGUAUAACUCGACCGGAUGUUAUGGCGUGGUAUGCAAAAACGCGCUUCUACCACAUUGUCGACUUGACAGCAUGGCAGAUCUAUCCCUGCACCAGAACUUUAAGUAAGGUACACGAGCAAUACAGACCUACGGAAGUACAGUUGCAACAACAAUACCCCCGGGUCAUUGACUGGAUACCAUUCCCCUCGAUCCGAAACCGACUCAUCCGACUGCACGCAGCCAAUCCCCAGAUCGACCAAAUAUUUUGCGACACCGUCAGCAGCUAUGUCAUCGAGGCAAACAUGGCCGAUCUUAUCAUGGGCGCUCCCGCUGUCACGGCCUACAUCCGGGUAACCGAUGUGAUCGCGAACAUCCCCUCCACGACACCAGGAAGCGAGUCGCAGCCUUCUGCCGUGCUUCCUGCCCCGGAUGCCGCUACACUUUUCUCAUCUUCGGAAUACGCGAGAGCAGUCUUCAAGAAAUUGGAUAUCGAUUGUGGAAUAUCACAUUACAAAAUGGAUCCUGCUUUCUUCGGUACGUAUCCAGAACUCUAUGACCCAAGCGUUGAUAUUGCAGCAAGGGGAAUCCCGCUCAGACCGGACGUCCAAUUGCGCUUGACGUAUCCCAAGCCUCUCGACUCUUCAAUGUUUCAAACCUAUCGCAGUUUCAUGGACUUUUCUCUAUAUUCUCCGUUGAGUGUGGCGCAGGUUUUCAGGUGA